AUGGCCACCUGGACGAUGCCCGGCUGGACCAGCGAGGUGAACGACGAAUGCGCCUUAGUGGCGAACCAGGUGGCCGACCAAAAUUCCUGUCCCACCUGCGACUUCUCCGUUUCGGUCAAGAUGGCCCGAACAAACCACGCGGGAUCGGACCGGCUUCCAUGUCUAGGGGAGUUGACAUCGGAAAAGUCUUACCCGUCCCUCGACGAAGACAGUAUCCUGGACGCCGAACCGGACAACUCUUACACGCCCGGUGCCUUGAUACCAGGAAUUUCCGAAGUAGAUCUCCCGAAGCAAACCAUCACCGCCGAUCCCCUAGAUUUGAGCCUGACCGAUGGCGACGAACCAGAACCUGUGCAGUUAUCAAAACCUCUGGAAACUAUCCCAGAAGAUCCCGAUCUUGAGGCCCAAAGCGCGGAACACGACAAGGAGAGGGAUCCGGAAGAACUGAGCACCCACAUGGAGGACGAACCCGCACCACUGGUUUUCGCAUCGCUGCCCUUCCAAGACCGAGAACUGCCCGUGGAGCCCACGCUAGAGGCAUCGGAACCCCGGCUGCAGCCGCUCACGCAGACCGUCUCGGAGUCCGCUGUCAGGGCGGCGACCAGUGACACGUCCGUUAAGGCGGACAAGUCUACGUCCACCGUGGACAUGGUCAUCGUCGACGAACCGCCCAAGUCAGAUCUUCCACCCGUGGAGGGCAAGUCGUCCGGCGUCGUAAUUCCCUUCGGAUUCCAGAGGGUCGGCGCUCGCUCCAAGACCACCGAGGCGAGAAUGAGUUCUCCGGAGAGGGGCAGGAGGGUCACCAAGUUCCUGGAGAAGUUCCACAUGGCCGAAGGAGGUGGACAGGACAGAAAAGCCCUCGCGCAAGACACGAUGCUGUCGUUCCCGCUUCCGGAGGACAUCAUGAGCCUCGAAGGCGUCACGAAAUCGGGGGAUAAAGUGAAGACGGAAAAAUUCGGCGAGCUAUUCACCAAACAUGCGAAUAUUUCUUGCGAUCACAACUUACGAACGAUGGAAGAUCACGAAGAAGACGAGGUCUGUCAGGACUACGAUCAUCUACCCAUCCGGACACGCAUGGACAUCUGGAAAAAGAGAGAACACCGAGCCAUUCAGCAGGGCUUGAUCCUGAUUCCGAAGCUAGUGAAGCAAGGGCGUUUUCCGAUCUCCGCAUGGUUCUGAUUGACCUGACCUCGGAUCUUCAUCUGGCUCACCUUAUACGAAUAAAUCGACGAAUAAAGCCUGGUUUG